AUGGCUGCCAGCGAGCACCAGCGCUGGGACAGGCUUACCAGGCGGCUGGUUCGCUGCCAUAAAUCCCCUCUCUCUCUGACCAGAAGAGCCGCAGGCCAACACUUUGAUGGCUUUAACCUGGAGGUGACUGCAUUGAGCGGUGCAUUCAGAAAAGGUGAUGAUAUCCUGGUUACAGCUGUGGGGAAACCAAAAGGUACGAGCUAUAAAACCUUCUGCAUGCAGUUUUAACACCGCAGAUAUGAUGGUUUGAUAAAAUCAUUAUUAUAAAUAUGACAAAAUCAUUUCACAAAAUGCAAUUUAGUGUUAUCAACUUUUAAUUUCUGAAGUAACAGGUUCAAGAAGGAUCAUAGUUGUGAAAUAUAAUCAUAGAAUCAUCGGUAUCAUGAAACUAAAAGAAAACCAAAGUUCUGGUGCCAACUGAUUACAUGCUUGAGUUAGAAACAAGGUGGAGUUGAGGUAAUAACAUAACCACCUGAAAGACAAAUACAACACACUCACUCGCUGGCUGAAUCAGCCUGUUUUUGAGUCUUUUGGACAUAACUCCUUUAGUGGAAAUGCAGACUUAACCCAGCUUCUGAUCAACCUGUUGAGGUAGGCCUUCAGCCUCCUUGCGUUGUAAAAAACACUCCCUGUGCAGUGUGUGCAGAGAAAGAAAUGAGCUGAUCAGAACCUAAAUAAUUUGAAACCAGGCUGUAAACAUGUUUGUGUGUUCUUAAGAUAAGCUUUUUUUUAAUGACUCUGUAAACGGCUUUGAGUACUUUUGCCUUAUGCGGAUACUUGAGGAACUGCAGUUUUUAACACAUCACCAGAGCUCUGGAUGAAUCGAUGCGGCACUUUUGUCAGCUUACACUUGAAACUUUGGCUGUGGCAUAAAAAAAGAAGGAUAUAAUCGAGCGGUUGACCCUGAGGCGAAAUUUCAAGAUAGAAAACUAGCAACGUUAUACUGUGGUGGAUCAAAUCAUCAUGGUUGUACUACUUGAAGUAAUCCAUACUGAAAGGUGUAUUAAAGUUAGAAUUGGACAUGUCUUAAGAAGCGUUUCAUUUGAGGUUAGACCUAUAUAGGAGACUCCUCUUACAAGUCUUGCUGUGGUUCAGGUUUUUCUUUUAUUCAAUGUAAAAAGUUUUUUCCUGUUGUGGAGCAGAGAAAAGAGCAGUCUGUGGACUGAGAUCAGCAGCACAAACUUGAGCUCCACUGACAAUAAAUAUGUUCAAAUACCUCCAAGCAUGAGCAGCUUUCAGGCCACUGCACCCGAUUUAAAGAUACUGCUUUCAUAAAGAACAAUCGUCUCUGAAUAGAAGCAUGAUUGGCGGAAUACAUGCUCUAAUUCAACACGCAGCCGAGCUCUGAAGGUCAGGCUUUAACAGCUUUAACAGAGAGAAAUCCUGAAAAAAUGUGCCGACCUGUUGAAAUCUCUCACUUCAGAUUAGCGCUGUCUAACCGAUUAGCACAUUCUCAUACACGUAGAGCCAUAAGGAGCCGAGACGAUGCCACUUAAAAGCUACAUUGUUCUGCAGAGUGAACAUGUCAAUCCUAAUUCCUUUAGCCGCCGUUAACAACCCAUCAGCCGGCUGGCAGUUGCAGGUUGAACACUAGUUGAGUCUUAGUCCCCAGCCCGGAUCUUCCUGAGGCAUUACACCAGGAUGUCAUCCUCUAAUACCCUGAUCUAGAUUGAGGGAGAAUACACAAAGGCAGAUAUUGGACACAUUGUCAGUGCUGUGCUCUCUUCCAGCUACACCCCCUCCACCCGACUGACUUACUCUUUCACUCUUAAAUGACUGAAUAUGAGCUGCUUAAUCAGCUGACAUACACACCAAAGUCUUCCUCAGUGACCACCACGAAGAGGCCUCCGCUCACCCCCUCAGAGAGAGGGAUGAGAGGGAGGGACUCCUCGGGGGGCCGUAAGAAGAGAUCACCUCCACCCCUCUAUUAAAUCAUGCCUCCCUCCUCGCCUUCAUCAGAGUAGGCUCUUCUUUAUGAGCUGUGUCCUGAUGGGCCAGCAGACAGCCGGCUAAAGGCCAGCCGUGCCACUCGGGUGCCUCCAGAAGGGGAGUAAGCAAGCGGAAGGGGCAGUUAGUGGCGCAAGAAGCACCUCUGCUCGCGCGCGCACGCACGCACGCACACACACACACACACAUUAGGAGCCACACAGCUGAGUCCAAACAAUCAUGCUUCUCCUGCAUCUGUUUACAUGCAUAUAGUGCACGUUUGUAGUGCAUGGAUAAAAACUACAAAGCUUGGUUUCCUAUUUGGGAGUCAUCGUGUAAAUUGUUAAAAUGUGCUGGAGCAAGUGGCAAGAUGUGGUUCACAAAGUCCCAGUGCAACAAGUCAGACCUGAGGUCAGGCCUGUUACAAAGGCCUUUCUCUAUAUAUGUGUGAGAAUAAGUUGGCUGUCAUUUAGGAUGGGACCAGUGUGUUUUUAUUUAGAAAAGAUAAAGAUGUUAUCGGUCUUGUGAGGGCCUGUGUUGAUAUGUCAAUCAUGUUCCAAUGACAAGAAUAUGCCAGAAAAAUCCCUAAUUCUUACCCUCUGUGAUUGACACUAGCAAGGGUUAACUGAGGAGCCCAAUGUGUUUAUGGUGCCACAGCCCCAUUCCUUAAAAGCCAUUUUAUUCUGCAAAAUAUAACUUUAAAAAAUUAAAUUAACAUGCAGUGCCCUAAAAAUAUAGUUGUGAUAGUUUGUCUGUUAUAAACAGUUCCCUUUACAUCAACAGGACAUGUAUCCACCCUCCUGAGGGCCACGGUUUUGCAUUUCAUCAAAGUAGGAGACAAAGUUAGUAAGAAACUGGAAAACAAAAAAUAUGAUUUUGUCACAGUGGAUCUUUUAUAGUUGUUUAUUUUUGGUUCUCAUUUUAGAGUUUGAUAGUAUGUAACUGUGGAAUGUUAUAACUAGUUUGGUUGUUUGUGAAAGAUCCUUUAUUCCUGUUUGAGCUUUUCUUGAGCACUUUUCAGAUAGUUUGGUCUCAAUGUCAGGUUAGGCAUCUCCACAGGCCCCUUGGAUGUUUAUUUCAUCCCACAUGUGCACCCUGUAUGUAUUUGUCCAUUUUUGUCUGUUUUUGAUCUCUCUUUGACCAACAGAAUACAUAUUUAACCUUCAAAAUGCUGAGAAAAUUCAACAAUUUGUGUUGGCAGUGAAUGCCUCUAAAGUCUCCUCUGUAGCUUUUAUAGGAAUCUGGAUUAAAACUUGGAAGGAGUUUCUGUUCUUUAGAAAGAGAAACUCGAAGACGAUUAAACCUGAUUCAAUUUUACAGAAGUAAUGCAAGCCUCUAACAUGUUGAUCCUACUUCAUACAAAAAACAGUAACUUUCAGCUGGAAUUUGAAAUCAGAUGCAGCAUUUUAUAGCCUUUAUUUCUCUAUCUGAGAGUUGGGGUUACACCUGGGAUAUCAUGACCAGUGAUCUAGUUUCCAAAUCCUGGCAUUGGCCACAAGCAUCACCUUUUACAUAACACAUCAGACCUACUGUUGAUGUGAAAAUGACUAAAUCAGGAUAAAGUGCAAGCUUUUCAGUGGCCUUAGUUGGCUAUUAUCAAAAACAAUCACACAUUUGACUCCUGAUUGUGACUGGUGUGAUUAAAAAGUGACAAUUGUAGCAGCCGCUCUGCAGCGUGAAACAAAUCAGUUGAAACAAAAAGCAGAAGACAGUCACUCCACUGUCACUAACUUUGGGUUAAAAACCCUGUCUGUAAGACUUAGUGAAAAGAUGAAGUGUGUGUGUUCGUGUGCAUGCGUGCGUGCAUGUGGGGGACAGCCCCGGGCCGAGCAGCUGUGAGCAGAUGUCAGCGUAAGUGAGCGAGGGACUUGGAAGAGAGAGAGAGAAGCGUGGCUGGGCCAACCCUCUAAUUUACGCAUGAGUGGUGCUGCACCAGCGAUAUUUACAUUUAAAUUGAUGUUUCAGAUACUUAAUUAAAGACGAGGACUGGGCUCUUCUGGUCGGCGGCGGCCUCUUCCUCAUCUUCCUCCUCCUCGGCAGAGUGCACAGACUGCUCACUGGAACCCACAGCACUUCCCUCAGCCCUGUCAACAAUAUUUCACUGCAGGCCAGUUAGUGACAAUGCACCCCGUUUUGCGUCUAUGGUAAUUUUCUGGGUGCAUUAUUGAAUACACAAUGCCCCCUGGUGGUUUGUGACGCCUGCCCUUGUAUACACACACACACACACGCACGCACGCACGCACGCACGCACACACACACACACACACACACACACACACACACACACACACACACACACACACACACACACACACACACACAAUACAUCUCCUUUUUCUGUCCUGCGGUUUGUAAAUAAUGACAGCAGUUGGACAUACAGGGGGUGUGUUGCUUGUGUUUACUUUUGCAGCUGUUGUUGAGGGUAAUGACAGAAAAGGAUCAAAGGAAAACUGACGUGUGAAACUAAAUUUGAUAAAUAUCAGUAAAGUCAGAGGUCUGAGGAUGCUCAUACUAGAUGUGUAUAGCAGUUUAUGAUGAAAUUCAGUUUCAGUGUCUCUAAUGGCAUUUGUAAAUGUGCAAAGGAGUUAGAGUAAUAAAUGUAUUAUCAGUGCAAGAACAGGAAAUGUGAAAUUUUCAAUGUUUUUUUUUUUGUUUGUUUGUUUUGUUUUAGUAUGCCUUUUGCUCUUUGUAUUCAUAUAUUUCCUAAAUAUCAUAUUCAUGUGGGUUAUUCUUGUUCAUUUUGAAAAUUCAUGAUUUUUACACGGGUAAGGACAUUGCAUAGAGUCUAUGGGAGAGCCAUACAGUUUGGUUAAACUUUACUCAAGCACUGCAUCUAUGAAGAAAUGGGACAAUUAAUGACUUCAAAAUGUUCAAAAUGAUCAUUACAAAAAGUAGAAAAUAUUUCAUUUUGUGUUUUUGUUUCUGUCGCACGUAGGUUUUGAACUCAGCAUGUAAGCCUACUAAAACAAAAGGUAUGAUAGACAGACAGACAGACAGACAGACAGACAGACAGACAGACAGACAGACAGACAGACAUUAUGAUGAUAUCUAUAGUGAACACACAGUAAAGUGUUGAGGUUUUAAAAUCUGUAAAAACUCUGUUCAAAACUAAAGCAGAUGAGCUAUUUAUUGUAAGAUAUGUUUCAGCUCAACACAACAUUGACAAGCUAAAUCAAGUUCAGCGUAACUUUUUUUAUUUUAUUUUUGGCUUUCGUGUUGUUAUUGAGAGAAAUAGGACAGUGGAUUGGGUUGGAAACUGCAGAGUGUCUUGGAGAGGAUGCGCCACAGCCAUUGUACAUGAGAUUCACAAUUUCACUGCUAAACCUAACCUGAACCCCAGAUUUUUUUAUUUUCCUACAUUAGCAGAUAUGGAAUGACUUCAAGCGUUUAUCUAGGGACAUGCUUGUUAUAAAUUUUAAACUCUCUUUAAGCUGUUUUGAAAAAGGUUUGGCUGCUUUAGUGUUUAACAUCCGAAUGUGAAUCGAUGUGGAAAACCUAUUUAUCCCCCUAAAAAUAAAGGCUGAGAAUAAAAAAUGGGUUUGAAAUCAAAUGCAACAUUAAAGGGGUUACUUUUAGUCCAAAGUUAACAUUUCUUUGAGUGAUGUGUAGGUUGCAAAAUGUCUAGGGUUGCCAGGUGUAUUAUCGUAUUUGUACGAUAAUUUUGCCCUCUGUACGAUGUACGAUCAAUAACCUAGAAAAAAAGGCUAAAUGUCCAAUAAUUUGACAGUUACGUUAACAUGUGACGCAAUGGGACUGUCUCAGUCUGCUAGACACUUUAAUUUUCAUUUUUUUGUGAACCCUAAAGACAUCUUUUACCACGUGAUGUUUCCACCCAAUCGUAGUUUGAGUGACGUUCGUCUCUGAACAACGAGCAUGAUUGCCUGUCAAUCAUGCUCAGAUGGGAAGUUGGUUGAGAAAAAUGAGCACCACUGAAGAGGACUGUGAUGAACGGGAGCCGAAUCCUCAUGUGAGGACAAGUUGAUUUAUGUGUCUAAAAUAAAUUUUACAAAGUGAAGUCAGAUAACUCUUUAUUUCCUUGCCAGAAUAUUGUUUCAAAAAAGUAGGUGGCCUCAAGGUCUCAUGAUUUGGCUUAUUGGUUCCCACCUGUCAUUUGUUUAAAGGGGACGCAUUAGUGUAAAAUGGCUGAGUUGGAGCUGCUGAUCAUACGCUGCUGAUGUGGGGUGGAGCGGUGAAACUGUAACUGCCUGUAGGACACUAAACAGAGUGACUAUAUGUGGCCACCAUGCAAUAGCAAGAUUGUUAUUUUGAUUAUGAAGGGUGUACGAUAAUUUUCCCCAAAAUACGAUAGUUUUGAGUCUCUGGUACGAUAGUUCUAUAUUUCCCAUCUGGCAACACUGAUUACAUGUCACCUCAGCAUUUCCUGAUCCUGGCUAUGGUCAUGUUUGUGCCCAUGUGUGUCUAACUUUUAAAAAUGUCCUCUAGGGUAGAUCAUAGCUUCUGCAAAUACACCUAAGUGCGAGUCCAUGUGCAAAGUUACAACAAUCCUAUAAAGUCAUGCAUAAUGUGUAAGGAAAUUUUUACCUUUUAACACCAGCAAAUAUGAAGUGGUAUGAGCAUUUACACUGGGUGAGCUUGUGUCCACCCAAUAACAGAUCUGGCUACUGAAACUGUGAAAUGUUUGUAUUGUUUUCUGGCUUGUCGUUUAUUUGUCUUUCUGGUGUGUGUUGUUGUGCACGUUGACUCUUCCUCGGGCUCCUCUUUCUGACAGAAGUUGAUUUAUUGACCAUACUUGGAGCUUUAAAACCAAAAUGAUGAAUUUAAAGACACUAAAAUGCUGUAGAAACGUGUCUUUUAGACAAAUUGUUAGAUAAAAAAUCUGAAAAAUUCAUCCAUCUUAAUCACCCAGCUGCGUGUUUUGCCAACUCACACUAUCAUCCUCUUGUUUUGAGCAUAGUUAGUCAUCUUUUUUAGCUGAUUUCUGUGAAGUUCUGAUGAUGACAGAUUAAUUUGUAAUCUGCUGUGAUGCAGGUUUGAUAAUCUGAGUUUAAUCCAGAUUGGUUCUUGUCCAUGUGAGCGCUGUAACACCUCUUAACAGCUAAAGAGAGUCACCGCUCUGUAUUAACUUGGUCUCCAAUGAGGCCAAAGUCUUAAUGCAGUGGCACUCUAGUCCUGAUGAACCACACUCCCAGCAUGCUCUGCUGUCCUCGUCGGGGCCCUGAGAGGGGCCGCCUGACUGCCCACAGGCCAACUCUUCUCCACCACUUGCUCCCAAACAGCCUUUUAAUAGGUUUUAAAAGAGGGUUAUUAACAUCACCUGCUAAUUAUGUUAAGGACCUAAUUAGGGAAUGAGAAAAAAGGCCUUUUUGUCUAAUUAGGUUUUCUUUCUAAGCACACUGAUAACCAAGGGAAUGCUGAGAUCUCCGUAGAAAUGAGAGUGCAAUGAGCCAGUGAGAGGAUGCUUCAGAAAGAGAGUUAACCCUUUCAUCAGCGCCUCCACUCUAUUAACAGGCCACUGGCGGAGUGCAAUUACCACCCAAAUCGUUUAUUUGGGACGUGUUUAUCUGGAGUGGGAGUCUGCAUCAUUUAGCGCAUUAUAAACUCAAUAGUAGCUUCAUUAGCGAUUACAGUCGGUGGGUGGUAUUACCUGCCUGAUAGUCGAGCGCAGCCUGAUGAUAUCAGCUCCCACCGCUGAAUUACAAGGCAGGGACCUAAUUUUUCAGCCUCUGCUGCUCAAUCCUCGAUGUUUCCUCCACUCAGGCGCUACCCGGCCGGUGUUCUGCCAGCAGCACUUCACCGGGCCUUCAGCUGCAACAUGGGAACGAGAAGAGACAACAUACAACGGCUUAAUCACAAAGCAGGAACGGGAGAUGCUGGAGCGGGGAGAGGAGUGUGUAAAAGAGGAAUUAUGGGAUAUUCCAGCCUGGUCUCAUCACAGAUGCUGA